AUGGUGUCACAAUCGCUAUUAUCAUCAUUGUUAUCAUUGUUAUCAUUAUCAUCAUCAUCAUCAUCAUCGUCAUCGUCAACAACAACAACUACAACUACAACUACAACAACAACAACAACAACAACAACAACAAUAAUAACAGCGGCAGGAGGAGGAAGGAGUAGCAACAGUAGUAGUAGUAGUAGUAGCUGCUGUAUAACCAAUACCGCCACCCAUAGAAGUAGAAGUAUUGUUACCAUGCGAUUGUUACUGAUCGCUUGUGUCGGACUUAUUAUCCUAUCAGCACCUAUUGCUUCCGCUCAGGAAACACCUGCGGAACCAACCGAAGCAAGCGCAUGUAAUACAUUAGAUCUGAGUAUGUUAUCACUGUGA